AUGAGCCAGGUCCCCGCUCUGGACAUGAACGCCGUCCAGGAGGAGAGCCGCGAGCUCACCCGCAGGCCCAGCUUCACCAAGAAGAUGUCCAGCAAGUUCAAGAACCUGGUGACGCCCCGCGGCGGCAAGACCUCCCCCACCGGCUCCGGCACCGUCUCCAAGUCCUCCAGCUCCGCCAGCCUGAUUCGGGUGCCCAGCAUGCCGCCGGCGGCCGCCGCGCCCAAGCCCGCCGCCGAGGAGCCCGCCAAGCCCGCACCCGCGCCUGCCCCGGCCCCCGCCAAGGAGGCCAAGCCGGCUGUGGAGGAGGUGCAGCUGGCGCCCGAGCCCGCCACCCCCGUGGCCGCCGAGGAGGAGCAGGCGGCUGCGCUGGAGGAGGCCGCAUCUGCCAGCGAGCAGUCGGCGCCCGCCACCUCUGAGGCGGUGGAUGAGAAGAUUGCCGCAAAGGUGGAGGACAUCAAGGCCAAGGCCGCCGCUGUGGAGGCCGAGGUGCCCAAGGGCAACGGCCUGGUGCGCGGCCUGCUGACCGUCGGCAUCCUGGCGGCCGCCGCCGGGGCCGCCAUUGCGCUCAGCGGCGCCGCCGCCGCCAAGCCCGCGCAGGCCAAGGAGCCCGUCAAGCAGGCCAAGGGGUGGCGCAAGUGAGGCGCGCAGCCCUGGGCUGCCCCGCAGCCCUUUAUUCGUUAGAGCGAAACGACGAUCCUUUGUGCCGGCUGGCUGCCCGGCCAUCUGUCCCAAGAUACGAGCCGCCGUGGCGGCACUCGCCGCCGGCUGCGCCUGCCGCGACGUGCGGCGGCAUGAAAACUCAACCAGGCAGCGCUGCCGCAUGCUGCGCAGCGCCACACUCCGCUCCUGUUGAUUAGACCAGCCCAACUUUAGUUGUCGCCCGACCUCGCAUCGUUGCCGGACCCCAUUCAUUUGCCGCCCGCGCUGCACGCUGUGCCUCUUUUGUUGAGCAGCGCGCCCACCUGCGUCCAAUGAACGAACCACUCGCCUGCUGUCCCUUUUCUCUUGGUGCUUUUCCCUCGCUGUUGUGAGCUCCCAUCCCGUUCCCCCUGUAUUAUUCUUCAUCCCCUCACUGCUCUGCUCUGCGGCGCCCGAGCAGCUGCCGUCACACCUGCUGUCUGUCUUGCCCCGCGCACGAUUGAUCUGUAUGCCUCCUGGCCUCCCGCGCUUUUCUGCCCGCCAGCGCAUCACCCACCCUCAGCCUGCUGGCCUGCCUCCGCAACCCCGCACACUUGACUCUUUCGUUGAUAGAUCCAUCCAGACUAGCUCAGUGCUGUCAUGUGAACCAGAAG